AUGCACUUCUCCUCUAUCAUCGCCAACGGUCUUUUGGUCGUUGGUGCUGUUGGGUAUAGAGGCCAUAGGAUUCGUCGUGAUGUCAAGCCUGGCGGACCUACCGAUACGGGUAUCCCAUCUGACUGCACCUACUACGACACAUGGACCGACGAGACCGCUGAUUGCAAGGCUUGGGUAGAGCCUUGGGGAAUCACUGUCAAGCAAUUCACAGAAUAUGUCGGCCAUGCCUACUGUGUCGAGGUGAACUUUGGGUCGCCGCCCGAAGAUAACCCCCCCAAGAUCACCACGACUAAGAACGCUGAACCCGAACCCACGAAGGAUGUCAAGCCCAGUCCUACCCAAGACGGACUGAUCGAGAGCUGCACAGCUUUCUACAUGGCCAAGAAGGGUGACACUUGUAACAAGAUCGUCGCCCAGUACAAGACCUUUGACUUCGAUGACUUCUUCAAAUGGAAUCCAGCCGUUGACAAGGACUGUAGCGGUAUCUGGGCCAAUACCUGGUAUUGCGUUGGCGUUCCAGGAACACCAACAAGCCCUCCGACAAAGACUAUUGUAACUACAACCAAGCCCACAGGCGUGCCUAAGCCGACUCAGACACAAGAGGGACUCAUCGAAAGCUGUUUAUCAUUUCACAUGGCUGUCAAGGGCGACACUUGCGCUAAGAUCGUGUCGAAGUUCGGUACCUUUGACUUUGAUACUUUCUACAAGUGGAAUCCUGCAGUUGGCAAGGACUGCAGUGGCAUCUGGGCAAGUUACUACUACUGUGUUGGCGUUCCUGGUACCCCUACUGCUAAGCCUUCGGCCACUAUGCCGAAGCCGACAGCGACUGGUGGCAUUGAGACUCCGUCUCCUAUUCAAGAGGGUUUGGUGAAGAACUGCAACAAGUUCCACCAGAUUGCAUCGACCACUACUUGCUCUUCCAUUGAGUCAUACUAUAAGCUACCGUUGUCCCAGUUCCUUUCGUGGAAUCCCGCUGUUGGCAAAGACUGCACUUCUCUCUGGAAAGGCUACUGGGUCUGCGUCAGCGUUGAAGGCUACAAACCAACCACCACAACAACAGCCAAACCCACUACUACCAAGCCUGCAAAUGGCAUUACAACACCUUCACCUAUCCAAGACGGCAUGGUCAAGAACUGUAAGAAGUUCCACCAGAUCAAGUCCACCACUACCUGCACCUCCAUCGAGAACUACUACAACCUCCCGCUCUCAACCUUCCUCUCGUGGAAUCCCGCUGUUGGUAAGGACUGCACUUCGCUUCUUGUCAACUACUGGGUCUGCGUUGCAACUGUCGGCUGGAAGCCCCCUACAAAGACGACUACAAAGGCCGCCACGACAACCAAGGGCUCUUCCAAUGGAAUCAAGACGCCUCCUCCUGUGCAGGCUGGCAUGGUCAGCAACUGCAACAAGUUUCACACGGUAAAGAAGACUACAACUUGUGCUUCCAUUCAGAACUAUUAUAAGAUUUCUUUGGCGGACUUCGUCAAGUGGAAUCCUGCUGUUGGUAAGGAAUGUAAGGGACUAUGGGCUGACUACAACGUCUGCGUUGGGGUCAUUGGUGGAACACCGACCAAGCCGGGUAAUGGGGUCGAGACGCCUUCGCCGAUCCAGGCUGGAUUGGUUAGCAACUGCAAGAAGUUUCACCAGGUCCAGUCAACAACAACCUGUGCGUCUAUUCAGAAGUACUACAGUAUUUCUCUUGCGCAGCUGGUGAUGUGGAAUCCGGCAAUCGGAUCUAAAUGCACAGCCCUCUGGGCCAAGUAUUGGAAUUCUGCCAGCCCGACUACAAUGCCAACGGUCGCGGAUAUGAUUGAGCUUGUAUGGCGUCCUCCUCGACGCCUACCCUUAAGCGAGUUUUACCAAAUGCACCUCUUAUUAGAGCAUUACAUCUAUCUCAGUCCUUUCAAAACCGAUAACAUUCUCCAAUAUCCUCCAAUCCCACAGACAACAUCUACACCAAGCACUAGCAGUACAGAGAUGCCGUCGAUCUCAGAGAUAAUUGAUUUCCUAUGGCGGCCCCUACGAAAAGAACCAGGAGCCAAGAGGCGUCUACUUAAUAAGAGAGAUCCAGCAAAUGCCUAG